CUUGUCUAUCUUUUGAAGGAUGAUCCUACUGCUCUGCAUGCUAAAUCACGGAUGGGACUACCAAAUCUGGAGGUAACAUUUGAAACUCUUGUUGAUGCUUUUGUGUUUUUGGACAAGAACAAGGAUGGUCACGUAAGCAGGAAUGAGAUGAUUCAAGCAAUUAAUGAAACAACAUCAGGAGAAAGGUCUUCUGGUCGAAUAGCAAUGAGAAGAUUUGAGGAAAUGGACUGGGACAAAAAUGGAAUGGUGAACUUCAAAGAAUUCCUUUUUGCUUUUACUCAUUGGGUAGGGAUCGAGGAUAAUGAGGAUGAAGAGGGAGAAGAGUAAGAUUUCAACUUAAUUUUUAUUUAUACAGGAAGAGCAAGAAUGAAGCUUCACAAUGACCAUGAAGGCAUGAACCCGAGUUUCCUUAACUUUUGCAAUAAACUAGUUGUAGCAGUGGGAGUAUGUCGAUACUUUUAUGAUCACUCGUGUAAAUGAAGCCUCGACUCCCUAGUACUAGUAUGCGAAUAGUGUUGUGUUGCGGAAGCAGCUUUAACUUUGAUUUAUCCAUUUUGUAGGAUUAAGUUUGCUGAUUGAACUACAACUAGUUACUGCUUGUGUUACUAUUUCCUUUUGCAUUUUCCUUGAGCCGAGGGUCUAUUGUAAACAGCCUCUCUACCCUCACAAGGUAGGGGUAAGGUAUGUGUACACGCUACCCUUUUCAGACCCCACUUAUGGAAUUUCACUAGGUUGUUGUUGUUGAUUAAACUACAACUAGGUGACAAAAUGCUUGAUUUUC